AUGAGUAUUUCUUUGUUCAUCGGACGCGCUGCAUCCUCAACACCAAUAGGCGCAUCAUGCAAGCGUAUCAACGAAACAUCCGCAAACUUCUCACUUACAGAGUUCGCUGAUUGGGAUGCUUAUGCUACAUUCAAUGAUUCUCUCAACGAAUCCGGAUGGGGCAGAUUAAAUAUCAGAGCCAAUCCAAAGUCAUCAUCCAAGGAUCAAAUGUUCUGCAUGGGCUAUAUUGACACAGCUAUUUCUGCCAGCCGUGUUUAUGAAGCUUACAAAUUGUACCGCGAAGAGAAUAAUGCUAAGGACGCUUGGCCAAAGGGCUGGGAAAACUGGAUCAACCAAAACAUUGAAUACAUCAACAAGCAAAUUCAAGUGAACCCACAAGACCCAUACUGGAUCGGAAUUAGCCUCAUUCGUGAGCAGUUCCGUGGUAUGGUCAAUGGUCUUCGCGAACACAGGCCAGAAGGCGAAGCGGAAAUUAAGGAAGUAGAUUUCUGGAUUUUCCAGUCCGCCGGUGACUUCGAAGAUAUCGACCAGGCCCUCAACCCAGAGAAGAUCCGCCGCGCUGAGCCAGAACUCCACGCCCACUGCACAGGCCUUCUCAAGUUCGCUCCAGACUACUCCGACAUCUACUUCGCCCAGGACACAUGGAGUGAUGUCCGUGAACUCCACGCCUACCUCAAGUCCUAUUCCUUCGAGGUUAAGGAAUUCAAGGCCAAGAACAUCGCCAUUUCUACACGUACUGGUCACCUUUCCUCUGUUGACGAUUUCUGGAUGGCCGAUACAAACCUUCUUGUCCUCGAGACAACCCUCCACUGCUUCAACCAGACACUCUACAGAAUCGGUGUCACGCCAAACUCUGUUCUCACAUGGAUGCGUGUUUACUACGCCAUGCUCAAGUCCGACAACGGCAAGGACUGGACACAGAACUUCAUUUUUGAAAACUCCGGCACCUACAACAACGAGUACAUCGUUCUUGAUGGCAACAAGUUCACACCAGGCCAGAAGCCAGUUUCUGACCUUGUCUGGAUGAUUGAGCAGCUUCCAACAACAUUCCACGCCGAAGAUAUCACAGACAAGUUUGUUGAACAAGGCUGGUUCCCAUCUAUCAACACACCAUACUUCGAAGACAUUUUCAACCUCGCCGACUACCCAGGCCAGCAGCAGCGCCAGCCAGCCAAGAAAGAUUUCUGGUCAUACUACGAGCAGCCACGCUACAAAGUCAUUGUCAAGCACGUCAAAGACAACACUACAUACAGCUUCUUCCAGCAACUCAUGAGAUGGAACAAGUACACCGACCCAUCUGAGCCAAACUACGGCGAACCAGCCCAGGGCAUCCUUGCUCGUUACGACCUCCGCCCAGAUAACGGCACAGCAUUCGGCAGCAAGGCAUCCUUCGCCGGCCUCGACUCCAAGACAGCCUCACUCAAACAGGCCAUGAAGCACUUCACAUUUGACGCGAUUGCCUCACCACAGUACGAGAACCUCCCAGCCUUCAGCUUCUCGAACUGGCCAGGCAUCUCCAACUACGGCUUAGUCGACACAUGGAAGUUCCCAUGGACAACAUUCGGUGCCAGCGAGAAGACAUGCGCCACCUUCAACAACUCUAAGGACUGCCUCGAUAUGCCAGGCUGCGGCUACUGCAUGCACACAGACAAGUGCCUCCCAGCUUUGUCUAAGGACAGACCAGCUUUCGGCUGCGAGUGCGAGGACGGAUGGAAGGUCAAGAUCUACCUCCUGCCUUUCGCAAUCCCGAUGAUCAUCACUUGCUCAUCGCUCAUAGUCGUAUUCCUCAUCGCUGUCUACGUAAUGGCAUAUUUCUACGCCAAGAAGAAGGCAGCUGCUAAUCCAAACUAUGAUAGUAUCAAAUAA